AAACGUCUUGAUAUGGACACACGUGCAGGACCCACCGCUAACUCGGAGACCGAGUGGGAACGUCAGUCGGCCAUCUAGAGACAGGCCUAGCUGGAUAAACAUGAGUGAACAAGGCGGUGGAGAUUUGCCGGAGCCCAAAAUUGAACAGCUCAUGGCCAAGCUAAGGAAGCUUCAACAAGAGAAGAGACAACUUGAAGAGGAAGUCAGAGAUGCCCAGUCUGUGCAUGAUAAUUUGCAGAAGGAGCUUGCAGAUUUACAAACCGAAGCUAAUGAACUGGAAGGAAUCCAUAAAGAUAAGAAAGAUGCAUCCAGCAAGCUGCAGCUGCAAUGUGAAGAUUCUGAGCAGGACUUGAACAAGCAGCUGAAGCAGAACAAGACGAGCGAGGAAUUGCUGGAACGAUACAGAUGUGAAAUCGAGGAAGUGAAGCUGAAACACAGGAAACUGCGACUGAGAUUCGAAAACCAACUUCUGCAACUGAUAGAAGAGCACAAGCAACUCGACUAUGCCUUUAAUCCAAAGAGACUCCCAGAUGAGUUGAAGAAAGCUGAAGACAUAAAACAUCAGCUGUCAUCAGCUGAACAAGUGAAGUUGGCUCAGCUGCACAAACUGGACGAAGAGCUAGAGGCGGCGAAGAAACAGAACCAGUUUGAGACUGAAGAUGCACAGAUUCAUGAAUCAUCACACCUCAACGCGGCUGAUGAGUGGAGCACAAAAGACGGUUCAAAGACAGAUGAGCACGUAUUGAAUGUGACAGCACUCAGAGGUUCGCAUCCCAUCCCGUUUUAGGCUAGAAAAACAGGUCCUCUGAAGUGCCUCAUCUGUUCCAACUGCCUUCAGGCCUGCGGUCAGCUUGAAUGGAAAACUUAGCGGCCGGCGCAUGAAAGUAUUUCUGUUUUUUUCCAGCUCCUCUCUUCCUAAAGCACAUUAGCCCUCAAAAAUAAACUGUAAAUAUACUUUGA